AUGUAUAAAGGCCCUCCAGAGCUGGUCCCUGACACAGCCCCGACUAGACCCACCCAGACCCUGCUGACUGCUGCCCAGAGCCCCAUGAAGCUGAUGGCCCUGCAGCUGCUUCUCUGGCAAAGUGCACUUUGGACGGUGCAAGAAGCCACUCCCCUGGGCCCUGCCAGCAACCUGCCCCAGACCUUCAUGCUCAAGUGCUUAGAGCAAGUGAGGAAGAUCCAGGCUGAUGUCGUGGUCAUGCAGGAAAGGCUGUGUGCCACCCACAAGCUGUGCCACCCCGAGGAACUGGUGCUGCUUAGACACUCUCUGGGCAUCCCCCAGAUUUCCCUGAGCAGUUGCUCCAGCCAGGCCCUGCAGCCGAUGGGCUGCCUGAAACAACUCCACAGUGGCCUCUACCUCUACCAGGGCCUCUUGGAGGCCCUGGCUGGAAUCUCCCUCGAGUUAGCCCCCACCUUGGACGUGAUGCAGCUGGACAUCACCGACUUUGCCACCAACAUCUGGCAGCAGAUGGAAGACCUGGGGACGGCCCCUGCUGUGCAGGCCACCCAGGGCACCAUGCCCAUCUUCACCUCGGCCUUCCAGCGCAGGGCAGGAGGUGUCCUGGUUGCCUCCAGCCUGCAGAGCUUCCUGGAGCUGGCUUACCGUGCUCUGCGCUACCUAGCCGAGCCUUGA